GCGCGUUAAGUGCUAGGCACAGCGGUUGCGUGGUCGACAAUUAGACGCGACUUGCUUUCGGCGGAUCCUCAUAGCGGACUUGAGCGUCACUGGUUGGUUGAUAGUUUGAGGCUGAAGUUUCGAGCUUCAUGCUGUUCUUCAAGUCAUGCCAGGCAACACUCGCAGAUGGCGUACAAAAGGUCCUCAGUAUCUCCGGGUGGAGUUUCUGUCUGACCAAAAGCUAUUCAAUUUUCCUACUCACGUUAAUUUCUUUUCUGAAUAUCUUCUUCCUUUAUCCCCUUUGACCAAGUCAUUCAAUCAGCGAUUUCCUCGUCUCCUUUGCAAUGUAUACCAAUUUCUUCUCCCUCGCUCUCAUUCUGCCGGCAGUCCUCGGAGCCGAAUUCUCCCAUAUCAUCACCCACGACUUCAGCGCCAUGCUUCGCCGGAGCGACGCCCUCACCAAACGUCAAGGCUACUACCCAUCAUCCCAACCCUGCGGCUCCGGAACCAACUGCGCAGAAGCCUGCGGUGCAGGACAAGUCGAAUGCCCCGCCGACGCCGGUCGCGGCGUCUGUUUCGACCCCUCACAAUCCCAAUGCUGUCCCGACGGGUCUGGCUACUCUUGUGACAGCGGGUACUUCUGCUCCUCGGACGGCCAAAAGAACACAUACUGCUGCCCCAACGGCAUGGACCUGGGUGCCUGCGCGCAAGCGUAUUCACUUACUGUCUCGCUCAUCAGCCAAACGGGGACCGUUGAUUUCUCCUCUCAAACUGAGAGCGCGAGCGCUAUAACGACUUCCCCAACGCCGGUAUACAUCACCAGCAUAGCGCCCCAAUCUUCUUCUCUGGUGGACCAAGCUAGCGUUCCCACCACGACUGUAUUAUCUGUUCCUGCUGGAAACAGCACAUACGCGACAGGUUCGCCGCCUGUUGAAUUUCCUGGCGUUGCUACGAAAACGGAAUUAGCUGGUAUGGUGGUCUUCGCUGGUCUUGCGGUGUUUGUGGGCGUGCUUGUGAGUUAGAUGUCGCAC